AUGUCACGAGAAGAGCUCUCAGCGGCUGCCGCGCCGGUGCUGUUCCGCGACCGAUAUCCCCUGCCCCUCAUCGCGGAGACCCUACAGAAUCUGGCCAAGGCUAAGUGGUUUACCAAGUUGGACGUGGUGGCCGCCUUCCAUAAGAUCCGCAUGGCUCCGGGACAUGAGGGAAAGACCGCAUUUCGCACGAGGUUUGGGCUCUACGAGUGGCUCGUGUGCCCUUUCGGCCUGAACGGCGCCCCGGCAUCAUUCCAACGAUACAUGAACAGUGUGUUGCGCGAGUGGCUGGACGACUUUGUCACAGCAUACCUGGAUGAUGUGCUGAUCUACUCGAGUGACCCAGCGAAGUGCGAGUUUUCGGUACAAGAGGUCAAAUACCUUGGGUUCAUCGUCAACGCAGGGAAGGGAAUCGCCUGCGACCCCGAGAAGCAGCGUGCCAUCCGCGAAUGGGAGGCCCCGACCACGGUGAAGGGUGUCAGAAGCUUUCUGGGCUUCGCCAACUACUACCGGAUCUUUAUCCCCGACUAUGCCAAGAUCACGCAGCCUCUAGAUGCCCUGCUUAAGAAAGGAACUGCCUUUCGUUGGAGACGAGCGGAGAACGAGGCGUUUCAGGAGCUGAAGCGACGAUUUUGCGAGUCACCUGUGCUCAAGCAGUGGGAACCGAGCCUCCUGACCUUUUUGGAGACAGAUUGCUCAGGCUACGCAUUGGGAGGCGUCCUGUCUCAGGAAAGCCCAGAUGGACGUCGACACGCAUGUGCCUUCUUCUCGAAGCGACUGUCGCCAGCGGAGUACAACUAUCCCAUUCACGACAAGGAGAUGCUUGCCAUCAUGAGAUGUCUCGACAACUGGAGCGCCGAACUUAGGAGCUGCGGCCCAUUCACAAUCCUUACCGAUCACCGCAACCUGGAGACAUCCACCCUGCCGGAGAUGAAGGUCUUCGAGGAAGCGGACCUGCAGCAACUCUGGGACGAAACGGUGGAGAAGGACCCGAUAUUCCGGGCAGCCUAUAAGGCAGUCCGCGAUCGCGAGCGUGCCUUCCCGCCCUCGCUGGGCCUGAAGAUCCAGAUUUCAGAAUGUGCGAUCGACGCAGGAAAAAGGCUGACAUUCAGAGACCGUAUUUGGUCGCAUGACUCUGUUGCGACCGGUCAUCCCGGCAGGGAAGGUACGCUGGCUAUUGUGGCUCGGCGAUUCUACUGGCCUGGACAGUCCCAGCUGGUUCGUCGGUUCGUAGCCAAUUGCGACACCUGCGGCAGAGCACACAUCUGGCGCCAGUCGAAAAGGGGAUUUCUCAAGCCUCUCCCGAUUCCAGAUCGACCCCGAAGCCAUUUGUCCAUGGACUUCAUCACAGAUCUGCCGCCUACUGGACCGAGCAAGGCAAGGUACCUGUGGGUGAUUGUGGACAGACUGACAAAGGCUGUGACCCUCGAGUGUCAUUACCGAUUUCACGGAAUGCCACGGUCCAUCGUCAGCGACCGCGGGAGCAACUGGCUAAAGAGAAUGAACCAGGAGAUCGAGGCCUACCUGAGAGCCUACGUGUCGUACGUGCAGGACGACUGGGAGAACUGCUCCCUGCCGCGCAGCUGGCACUCAACAAUCGUGAAUCCGCAGCGACCAAGAUCAGCCCCUUUUCGCUGA